AUGCAGAAAGUUAAAGAUGGGCUCGAAAUUGAUGAUAGUUUUUCAGACGAGCAGGUAUUAGUUUCUUCUCAAGAUAUAAUUCCAUGGUUUACUGCCUAUGCUAAUUAUCUAGCAAGUGAUCUAGUCCUAGAAAAUCUAGCCAUCCAUCAAAGAGAGAGAUUUAUGUAUGAGAGUCUACUUGAGAAGUACGGAGUGAAGCAUAAGGUGGCAACACCUUACCAUCCGAAGACUAGUAGACCGGUUGAGGUGUCCAACAGACAAAUAAAGCCCAUUUUGGCGAAGAUGAAUGCCAAUAGGACUAAUUAUUCGAGAAAGUCAGAUUAUGUAUUAUGGGAUUUCAGAACAGCUUUCAAGACUCUAGGUGUUUCUCCAUAUAAGCUGGUGUAUGGAAAGGCAUGUCACUUGUAUGUUGAACUUGAGCACAAAGCACUAUGGCUAUUAAAGAAGUUGAAUUUUGAGUGGCAGGAUGCAACAAAGGCAAGAAUGAGCAAGUUGAAGUCUAGGUGGUAUGGUCCAUUUACUGUGGUGAGAGUGUUUCCACAUGGUUCUUUAGAACUAAAGAUUAAUAUUGAAUCCCCGUUCAAAGUCAAUGGGGAAAGGAUAAAGCACUAUAUGGGUAACACUAAAGACGUUAAAGUGGUUCUUGAAAUGGAUCUUGGUGAAGUCUAA